AUGAUAGAUCUGCAAAUUGUUUGUAGGGUCAACAUCAUCUUCUUCAUCAACAUUCUCUUCUUCAUCAACAUCCUCUUCUUCAUCAACAUCAUAUUCUUCUUCAUCAACAUCAUAUUCUUCUUCAUCAACAUCAUCUUCUUCAUCAACAUCAUCUUCUUCAUCAGCAUCCUCUUCUUCAUCAACAUCAUUUUCUUCUUCAUCAACAUCAUCUUCAUCAUCAACAUCAUCUUCUUCAUCAAUAGCAGCAGCAGCAACAACAAAAGCAGCCGAGACAGCCGCAGACAAGUUGUGUUGUUAAAAGCGACCAUAUAA